GUUCCCUGCUGCUCCCGCCACCCUGCUCUCUGCAGCCCAGCGCCCCCUACUGCUGCAGCGGGGUAAUGGGGUAGCACUGAUUGCAAGAGGAGAGCGCCUCCUACUGCGCCCCCACCUGCCAGGGAACCCACGGAGUGAGCACUGGGGAAGUGGGGCCACUUUGUUCAGGGGAAGGUGCCGGGGGGUCUCUGGUUGGCUCCUAACUCCUCUCUCUUUCCCCUCUGGGCAGGGUGAGAUUCACUCACGACCCUCCACUGAUGCCCCAGUUCUCCCGGGCCCUGAGAAGCCUCCCACUCAGGUACGACUCAACCACAUACCAGCGCUUCCUGGCCACCUACGGUACCCACUACAUGAGGCAGGCAGACCUGGGGGGGCGCGUGCAGCAGCUGAUGGCCAUCCCGACCUGCCGGGCAGUGCUGGACGGGCUGACAGCCAAUGAAAUCAAGGAUCGCCUGCGCUCACAGUUCUUGCAAGACUUGGGCCUGAGCCAGAGCAGCCAGGGCAGGGGGAGCUCCCAGAUGCCCUACGUGGAGAAGCGCAUCCAGGUGACAGGUGGCAACAGUGACUCCAAUUUGCUCUUCUCCACAAAGCAAAAUGCCAACUCCUUCUCGACCUGGAUGGAGAGCCUCAAAACCAGCCCCGACCUGGUCUCCUACUCCCUGAUGCCCAUCCACACCUUGGUGACACCCAGCGACCCCAGGCGGGAGGCGCUGAGGCAGGCAGUGAAGAAUUAUGUGGAUGAGCGGAGGCACAAGAAGAGUUGCCCUCGUAGAUGCCCACAAGGGAGUCAGGUCGACUCCGAGGACCCGUGCAAAUGCUACUGCCCCGGCAACCCCUUCACCAACUCCAUGUGCUGCUCACUCAAGCGGGGCAUGGCCCGGCUGAAGGUCCAUGAGCUGCGAGGCGCAGGCCUGUGGGGAGACUUCAUCACUGACACUGAUGCCUACGUCAAGGUCUGCUUCCAAGGCCGGGAGCUACAGACAGAGAUCAUUGACGACAGUAACUACCCCACCUGGUACAAAGAACUGGACUUCGGGCCAGUGACGCUGCCGGUGAUGCUGUGGGAGCUGUCCAAACUGGAAUUGGAGGUGUGGGACAGCGACCCAUGGGAGGACCAUCUCCUGGGCCGCUGCAACACCAACCUCGAGGUCGGCAGGAGCAACACACUCACCUGCCUCCUUGACCACGGCCACUUGGAAUAUUCCUACACGCUGGAGUGCGGGCCCAACCUGGGGGGCAACAACUGCCAUGAGUACGUGCCUGUGAGAGGCUGAGAGGAUAGAACCCAGGAGUCCUGGCUCCCAGCCCCCCCUGCUCUAACCCACUAGCCCCCACUCCCUUUCUUGAGCGUUACCAAGU